AUGGACGAAGCCGGCGCACCGCUUCUCGAAAAGGACCACUGGUCCGCCGUGGAACCGGAGACCACCAAACCGAGGACAUCAAAAUAUGGCCGACGGCCAACCAUGUGGCUGCGCUUUGCAUCCAUCUUGUUACCCGUGGCCUUCACCCUCGCUGUCGUCCUCGCCCUCGCUUCACACCUCCGCCCAUGCUUGCCAUCGGCGGCCUUCAACCGGCCACACAUUAAUGUCGCUGGGCAUACAGCGCCCGUGGGCCCAAUCUCUGUUAGCAAGCGCGCCGGGGGAGACUCCAGUCCAACGGCAUCAUCGUCCACCUCAACUCCAGCCGCCACCGUGCUGGACUGUUUCCAGGUGGCACCGCCUGUCCUCACACCCGAUGGACCCGCAACAGAGCGCUCGUCCGGCCCGUCCUCGGCAUCCGGCGCCGUUACGGUGACGCUCAUGGAGCACGUCUUUGGCAACAGCUACAACGCACCUUUUGUCGGCAGCUACGUGCCUCCCGCCACCCCGUUCAACCGCGUCGUUAUGAACUUCACGGCAGUGUCGGCCGGCCGCCAGUUUGACCGUCUCGCCCUCAUGUACCUCAACGACACCGAGGUCUGGCGCACCAGCACGGCGGAGCCGGUUAAGGCGCCGGGCAUCCGCUGGGUCUAUCUCAAGGACAUGACGGCCUACCUGGCUCUCUGGCGCGCGCCGCAAAAGAUCAUCUUCGACCUGGGCAAUUUGCAGAACGAGGUCUACACGGCGUCCUUUAACGUGACCCUGACGGCCACGUUCUUCCAGUCGGACGUCGGCGACCGCCUGGAUGCUGCGCCGCCCAGUGAUGCAGUGAUUCCCAUUUCCAAGCGCCAGAGCGACGUCAACGGCGUCAGCCAGUUUACGCUGCCCGCCGAUGUGGCCACCAACACCAUUACCGACUUCCCACGCAACGCGCGCCGCGCCGUGUUCUCCGUGUCGGCCAACGGACAGGCCAACGAGGAGUUUUGGUGGACCAACGUGCUGCAGUCCGAUACGCUGACGUUCAACGCGACGGACGCGGGUGUGUUUCCUGGGUUCAGUCCCUUCCGCGAGGUCCAGGUGCUGAUCGAUGGCCGGCUGGCCGGCGUGCAGUGGCCGUUUCCCGUGGUGUUUACGGGCGGGGUUGUGCCCAGCCUACACCGCCCCAUCGUGGGCGCCGACGUGUUUGAUCUGCGCGAGCACGAGAUUGACAUUUCGCCGUGGCUGCCGGUGCUGUGCGACGGACAGCCGCAUACGUUCAGCAUCCUCGUGGCCGGACUCGACGACGACGGUCAGCCGUCGGGCGUGGCCAGCCUCACCAAGCAGGUGGCCGCCAGCUGGUACGUGACGGGCAAGAUCUUUGUGUGGCUCGACGACAACGACGGCGACGACAGCAGCGCGCUGGUCACGACGGGCACGCCACCCGUCGUCCACGACUCGGGCGUGGCGAUCAGCGUGACGCAGCACCUGCAGCAAAACGCGACGGGCGCCAACCAGACGCUGACGUACAGCGUGUCGGUGGCGCGCUCGUUCAGUGUGCAGGGCACGUUGAGGACGGGCGCCAAGGGGCCCCGCGCCGUGUCCUGGUCACAGUCGCUCUCGUACGCCAACGAGGGCGUGCUGACCGACUUUGGCAACAACCAGAUCAACAACUUUACGCUGAGCGGGAGCGACAAGGCCAGCGGCGACGGCGAUGCGGCCUCAAAGUACAGCUACAGCACCAACUAUGCCUACCCUACGUUCUGCAACACGACGACGAACAUUUCGCCCCAGGGCAAUCUGACGCUAUGGGCGCUGCUGGACCAGGGACUGCAGCUCGAGGUGGCCGGCGCCGGCGUGUUCUCCACGGGUCUGGAAGCGUUUGCCGGCGCUGCACCGAACCGCUUCGCGUCGUCGCGCCUCAGCACGCGCGCCGUCGGCACCGCCUCGUUUUUCCAGACGGGCGACGGCAAGAACAGCAGUGGCUUCGGCUCGACGACCCAGUACUUGCAUUUUGGCGGCGUCAGCGCGGCGGGUGUGCUGAGCGCCACGGGGCCGGACGUGGAGCUGUACAUGCGCAAUGUGACGGCCGUGAACCAGACGAUUGUCCACGACUCUGAAACCGCAUUGGUGCCACUCGCUGCCGGCGCCGCGACAGAGGACACAGGAACGGGGACGGCGGCGCCGGCGUCGCUCGCCCAACCCGCCUACCAGUAUGCACAGGCGCCGCUGCACGGCGGGACGGGCACGCGCGUGUUUAUGGGCCGCGGCGGUCCGGACCCGGCGGUGGCCGAUGACCGCUUGGCAGACAGCCAGGCGCCGUUGCGGGCACGGUAG